GUCACGGGACUUUCGUGUCGACAAGAGAGAUCCAAACGUGGGUUUGCUCUCUUCUACAAAAACUACAGUUCUAGCUUCAAAGAUGACAGUCCCGAAUGCGUUAGUUUGUGUGUUAAUGAUCCAAACUGCAUGAGUUUGAAUUACUGGCUAAACUCGAAGCAGUGCGAACUUAACACUCACUCGCGAGAAACUUGCCCAGCCUGUUUUAUGCAAGCAUCUUCCAUCUACAUGGGAAUGGCUAGAUAUCCAGGUAAGGCUGAAGAUUAGUAUGUACUUUGAAGACAGAGCUGAUUGCAUUCAUGUGGGCAAUAAUUGAUAGGGACUAAGCUUACGGUAGGUGCUGUCAAAACGAUCACCCUAAGCAACCAGAAAAUAUCAACCUUUUCAUCACUACUGAAUUUAAAAACGAACAUAAAAGGUCACCAAGUGAAAGAAUCAAAUUUGAAUAUACUUUUACUGACAGGUGUUAACUAUGCGUAACUGCUCAAGUUUCUUUUAGAGCGAGAACAAUCUGAAAAUGCAUGAUUUGUCCUUUCCUCGAGGAACUAGAGAGGGCACAUUUUUGUUCUGCUGCCCCAAGUUGUACCCUAAAUAGACUGCAAAGCAGCUUUACUUUGGUGUUACGCAAGCUCUUGUCGAACGAAAGAACUGAAGCGAGAGUGAAACAAAGCCUAAGCUCCGGCCUUGCGAAUAGACCUUGUAACGGUUUUCAACGCCAUCUUGACGAGUAGGCAAACGCGUGAGAAAUUACAGUGUUUGUAAGAGAAUCUAAUGUCGAAUAACUUCCGUAGAACGGCUGUCUUUUCAGUAGAAUCCUCAGGAGUGAAGCUUUGGUUUACAAAUCAUAUUUGUAUAGGUAAUAGCACGAUUUGUAGUGAUAUUUGGCAUAAAUACCACGAGCGAUAUUUCGAAAUUGUUAUACGUAAUUUCACGAGCCGCUAAGCGAGUGAAAUUUGAGACAAUUUUGAAAUAUCACGAAUGGUAUUUAUGCCAAAUAUCACCUACAAAUCAUGCUAUUAUUUGUUUAUACUACUACCCACAAAAGGGUUGUAAUUUUCACAUGUAGGUAUUUCAUAUUAAGCUGAAAUACUACUGCUCUAAGCCAAAUUUCUCAUGUAGUAGUAUAAUAGACCAAUUCAGCUAACUCAAUGUUGUACCCAAUUCAAAUCUCCCGGGGAUAAGAUUCUUUGUGUAUUGUAUUUGCAUUACAAUGUGGCUUUCACAUUUAAAUGAUAUGGAAAUUCCUGAAACAAAAUAUUUUAUUCCCAAAGGGUUUGAAUUGGGUACAACAUUGAGUUAGCCGAAUAGGUCUAUUUUCAGAACAGCCGUUCUACGGAAAUUAUUCGAAAUUAGAUUCUCAUACAAACACUGCAAUUUCUCACGCGUUUGCCCACUCGUCAAAAUGGCGUCGAAAACCGUGACAAGGCCCAUUUGAACCGGAUUUUGACUUUGGAGAAAAAAAAAACGGUUUUCAGUCCCAAUUUCCAAAUUGAAGAGGGUUGAAACCAUUAAUCUUAGUAAACAUCCUGAAAUGACAAACGUCGCAAAUAUUGAAUUUUUUAAAAUAAAUAUAUUUUCCGAAGAUGAAUGAAAUGACAGAAUUUUUCCUCUUAAUUUUAUAAACUAUUUGAUGAUAAUGCUAAUGAAAACAUCGAGACGCCAGAUUAAAAUUUUUAAGCUGUUAAAUACUUUAAAACCUCUUAGGAAACCGAGCCGUCAAAAUGAUGAAUGUUAUUGGUCCGUUUGCAAAAAACAAAAAAACCGAGAAUCUUUUGUUUUCAGAAACAUUGUAAUUUGCAAUCUUCUUCCAAGUGUCCAGGUUUGACUAUUAACACUGUAAUGAAAGAGGGAGCGAAAGGAAAGAAAAAACCAAGCGUCUUUCCUUCAUAUUUAUAUAUAUUUCCUUCCCAUUACUCGCUUUGUGGUCUUCUUCAUCAUACUCCAUUAGCGAUUCUCUGUUCAGCUUGGGGAAUGGAUGCUAAUGUACAAUUUUUUUGUCAAUCAUUCAGCAGGAUUUUCAAGAGUGAUCUUUCCAAAGUCAUGCGCAGAUUUCAAGAAUUCUAACCCAAAAGCUUUGAGCGGUAGAUAUGUAAUCGACCCAGACGGUGAGAAGGCUCUGUCUCCAUUUACAGUUUACUGUGACAUGACCGACGAGAAUGGUGUUGGCGUGACAAUCAUCAGUCACGACAGUGAAAACAGGACAUUGGUGAAUGAUUAUGAAGAUCCGGGCAGCUACUCACGUGACAUCCAUUACACAGGAGCGAGUCUGUCUCAGCUGGCGAGUCUCACUAAUGUCUCAUCUUACUGUGAGCAGUUUAUCAAGUAUGAGUGUCGCCAUUCUUUGAUGCUAAAAGAAUCAACUGCUUGGUGGGUGUCACGUGAUUCCACUAACAUGACCUACUGGGGCGGAGCUAAGCCAGGAAGUAAUGAGUGCGCAUGCGGGGCGAACCAGACAUGUGCAGAUCCAAAAUAUGGCUGUAACUGCGAUAAAAAUGACUAUGUAUGGCGUGAAGACAGCGGUCUCCUCACUGACAAAACAUAUCUACCGGUUAAACAGCUGAGGUUUGGUGAUACUGGAGGUCAGGGAGAAGAAGGGUAUCAUACCUUGGGCAAGUUUAAGUGUUGUUGA